CGUGCGUCCUGCGUUAUCAACCCGGAACUAAAGUUUGAUUCAAUUCGAUUUGUGAACCGGUUCAAAAGAACGAUUCGUUCAAGAACCGAACAUCACUACUAGGAACUGCAUGAUCCAACGGCUUACCGUUAGCUCCACGAAUGCUUCAUAAAAUAAUAAGCGUAACGCGGUGAGUUUCCCGUGAGGCGUAUCAAGAUACGUGAUUACAUUACGUUAUUCUCAAGAAACAGAUGUUUACCCCUCACCAAACAGGGCGUCCAGCGUCGCCUCACCCGGUUUUACAAAAAACUGUUUGCGGACGCUGCACUGUUUGCAAAGUACACCUAAACUCUUCUGCGGACCCUAGACUUCUGCCUUGCCUGCAUAUAGUUUGCAAUACGUGCCUUACGAAGAUCUGCACAGAUGGUGCCACACAAGAUUGUCCAUUAUGUGCACAAUCCUUUUGCUUGUCUGAGGUCACAGAAUGUGCCAUUUUUGAAGACACGUCUAACAAUAACAAUAUUCCCAAGUGUGGCGGGUGUGAAGAGAGUGAGGUUAGUGGAUGGUGUGUCCAGUGUGAGGAGGCCCUGUGUUUGGACUGUACAUCUGCUCAUCGUAGGGUAAAAGUGACCCGUGACCAUGAAGUCACACCCAAAAAACCACCUACAGGUUGGACACAGAGAAGACGCUGUCCCUCACACACUCAGGAGAGCUUGAGGUUCUUCUGUCUUGUUUGUGAAGAGCUCACCUGUAAGGACUGUCAGCUGAUCACUCAUAGGGGCCACAGUUUUGUGCAGCAGGAGGAAGCUGUGGGAUUGCAGAGACAGCAGCUGCAGAGUUUGUUGGACUCCAUCAGACAACAGAAAGAGACGGUCAUCAGCAGCCUGCUGCUCCUAGAGGCAAGAUUGCAGGAAAUUGAAAAAAUUAAAGCAGCAGCAAAGAAGAUGUUGACACAGGUAGUCCACUCCAUUUAUCAGGCUCUGGUUCUGAAAGCUACACAGAUGUUAAAGGUGAUAGAGGCAUUAUUUGCAGAGGAGGUGGGGUGUUUGUUGGAGAAGAAGACAUCUCUGAACAAGUUGGAAGGCUGUCAGGAGUACAUAGCAGCUUUUAUUGACAAGAUCCUAUGCACAGAGGGCCACGGCCUCCUGGUCCACACAAAAAGGAUUGAGACCCAGGGGAAAAAGCUUCUGUCCCAGAAGGCAUACACCCCUGAGACCAUGAUUGAACUGCACCUUCAGAUUCAGAAUGAACUCUGUCAGCACAUCAUGAAAUUUGGAUUUUUGAGGAUAAGAAAGGUUCUUGUCCCAUUUACCACUCAGAGAACUGAUUCCACUCAGUUAGAGUCUGUGUCUGUGAAAAGCUCAAAUCCAAAUUCUCCUCUAACUGCCACUGAUGUUCAUCCUGCACCCACUUCCUCAAGUGUUGAUGCACAGGUUCAGGGUGAAUAUGUUCUCAACGGCUCUGAACUGCAUCCCUGUGCCUCCUCUCAGAUUGUGCAAAUGAACCAGGCCCACUCUGCAUGUAACGAUGUUGCCUCAUCCCAACUGAAUCCAUCUAAACGAUCCUCUUCAGACCUUCAGAGUUCAUCAUCCUCACCAUCUUUACAAGUCCAGUCCCACGAAGUCAUGUCUGAGCAAUCCAAGCAUGCUUACAGUCCCUCAUCGAACCCAUAUUUUCCUCAAUAUUCUCCGUCUGUUUAUUCUCAGCCUCGUCUUCCAUUCAUGAACUGCACAGCAUCUCAAAUAAACAAUAUCUCUGAGUCAGCCAAAUGUAGGAAGACCUAUUGCCCUACAAUGCAGGUCUCUCAAACACGCAUACUCACCCGCCCAUUGCCAGUUAACAGCCAAAAACAACCAAUUCCAGUCAACAACCAAACACCUGUAACAACUCAUCCGAUACCAGCCAACAACCAAACACUCGUGCCAGCUAACAACCAAACACCUGUACUAACUCAUACAAUGCCCGUCGACAGCCAAACACCCAUACCAAUUCACCCAAUACUAUCCAACAACCAAGCACCCCUACUAACUCAUCAGAUGCCAGUCAAUAACCAAAAACAACCGAUUUCAGUCAACAACCAGACACCUAAAACAACUCAUCCAUUGCCCGCCAACAACCAAACACCCCUACUAAUUCAUCAGAUGCCAAUCAACAACCAAACACCUGUACCAACUUAUCCAAUACCAGCCAGUGACCAAACACUCACACCGCCUCAUCCAAUGCCAGCCAACAACCAAAUGCCUGUAUUAAUUCAACCAAUAUCAGCCAACAACCAAACACCCCUACAAACUCAUCCAAUACCAGCCAACAACCAAAUGCCUGUAUUAAUUCAACCAAUAUCAGCCAACAACCAAUCAACCAUACUAACCCAUUCUUUACCAAUUUGCAACCAAACACUCAUACUGACCCAUCCAAUACAAACCAAUUUCCUGGGGCCUGGACAUUCUUUUUCUGUGCAACCCAAUAUUCCCUUAACUGUCCUUUCAACUGUAAAUGCACUUUCUUUAAAUGACGCUACUGCAGUCUCUAAUGUCCACUUUACUGAAGCCUCCAGUGGUAGGAUGAAUCAUUGUCCCCAGGACCCUUGUGCACCAGAUCCCACCAGUACAAUUUCUAAUGCUAUCCCAAGCACAGCUAGUGGUUCUUUACUUCCUGUAAACCCAGUGCCUUCUGCUCCCAUUAGUGGCAACGGCACCCUCUGGAGUAAGAGCAGCACUUACAAUAGCAUUAACGUCCCAGUCAAGGCCUUGGCUGAUUCUGCCUGUGAUCAGGAUGCAGAUGUGAGCAGCACGAAUUUCACUGAUACGGAUCAUCUGGAGAGCAUCUUGCCCACCUCCCUUGUGUCAGAGACAGCUCCCAAAGAACCUUCACCAGAUCCUGCCCACUCCUCUGGCCCAUCCGACAUUCACCAGGAUUCUCCCUCCACCAUCACAGAGAAAUGUUCAAGACAACCUCUAGACGAUCAGUCAUCAACCAAGAACUACUCUGGACCAAAACACUGGAGCGUUGGCAUGCCGACAACUUUCCGUCAGCUUGUAGAGGCAACAUGCAUACCUGUCAGGUCAAAAGACAAUCUGAACACCACACCUCCAGCCGAUUCAACUCCUUGUAGCACAUCAGAAGACCUUGAUGGGGAGAGGACAACUCAUUUCAAGACUGUCCAAAGUGCUUCUGACUACAGGGAGGCAAAAAAAGAAGACAAAAAAGAAGACAAAGAACCUGCAGUAACGGUGGAACACUUCAGAAGACAAAUCAAACAACUCAAGAGGUCUCUACGUGUUUCUCUUGAGUGUCUGCCCAUCUCUCUGCCUCCAAGUGGACAGCCACUCCCAGAGUUCCACCUUACUACAGAUGCCUCCACAGGUCACAUCUUAGUACAGGAAUCCCGGGGCGGACAGGUUUACCAGGUGUGGAGAUGGCAUGAAGAUCCAUUACCAUCUAGAUCCUCUUCUUGCUCUGUAUCCCAAGACAGCGACAGCUCCCCGGCAUCUGAUGUAGAGUUCUGUGCCGUGUGUCUGUCUGCAGGAGCUCCACUUCUGUGUGCAAAAUGUGGCUGUGCUUUUCACUAUGACUGUCACAUCCCACAAAUCCUCACAAAACCUUGUAAGGAUUGGGUGUGUUUGCUAUGUCAGGAUGUAAAUGAGACGGUUGUGUAUGGCAGUGAGGAGAUGAGGACACCUAGUCUGAGUCUGGAAGAUCAAAGAAAGUGUGAGAAGCUUGUCUUUGGUCUCCUGUGUGAUGAGAACAAAAGCCUGCUCUUCAGCGCCACCAAGAAUCACUCAAAAACAGCCGAAUUUGAUAUAAUACUCGGCCGACUCCUGGGGAAACGGAAGCCGCCUUAUCGGACUGUUGCUGAGCUGGUGUCAGACGUUUGGACUCUUUUUGACAUCUUGAUGAUGAACUCUGAGAAGAAAAACAUGGUUGUCAAACUUAAACAAUCUUUCCAGCAACAGCUGAAUGAAUCUUUUGGGAAGAGUCUCCAUCCUUCUCUUCUGAAUCACUCAAGCAGCAAAGAUCCAAGCAGAAUGCCAGAGACAGAGACUGAACAAGAGAAGCACAGAAACACUUUGAAACGCAUGAGGGAGUUUUUCACGGCAAACUGUGGUACAGCUGCAAAGAAAUCCUGCAAUGAUAAAGGGAAGGAGAAAGAUGGCUGUGGAAACACUGCAGCUGCGGAAUACUGAAGUGCCUCAUUCAUUGCUUUUUAAAUCGAGAAAAAAUCUUCUGUAUUCGCUUGUGAAGAGGGAACCAGACCACUUUCUGUUUAUUAUUGUAGUUCGCUUAUUCAGAUUUGCCUUUAAGUAAGAUGUGUAUUAAACAGAUUAUUUUCAUCCAA